UUGUUAAGUAACGAGAGGGGGAGACAGACUCGAGUGGAGAACGGCCGCCUGUGCUGCUGGAGCUUCUCAGGGACUAUCAACAGGGAGUGCAACCGACGACAGAGCUACGAGCUGGGGGUAUGAGAGCCGCCAGAAUCCGCUCCCAUCCUCCUCUGCCCAGGCCCCUGUCCGACUGACAACCAUCGGAUCAGAACCUCCACGGAACCAGCUCUCCGACGAACCCAAUAUCGGUGACAACUCGCAAACAUGGAGCUGAGAGUGGGGAACAAGUACCGGCUCGGGCGAAAGAUAGGGAGUGGUUCCUUUGGCGACAUUUAUCUUGGUGCCAACAUUGCCACUGGUGAGGAGGUAGCCAUCAAGCUGGAAUGUGUGAAGACCAAACACCCACAGUUGCACAUUGAAAGCAAGUUCUACAAGAUGAUGCAAGGAGGAGUGGGUAUUCCAUCGAUAAAGUGGUGUGGUGCAGAGGGAGACUACAACGUGAUGGUCAUGGAGCUGCUCGGUCCCAGUCUGGAGGACCUUUUCAACUUUUGCUCCCGGAAGUUCAGCCUAAAGACUGUCCUGCUUUUGGCAGACCAGAUGAUCAGUCGCAUUGAGUACAUCCACUCCAAGAAUUUCAUCCAUCGGGAUGUUAAGCCUGACAACUUCCUGAUGGGGCUUGGCAAGAAGGGCAACCUGGUGUACAUCAUCGACUUUGGCCUUGCCAAAAAGUACCGCGACGCCCGCACACACCAGCACAUCCCUUACAGGGAGAACAAGAACCUGACUGGCACAGCGCGCUACGCCUCCAUCAACACACAUCUUGGAAUCGAGCAGUCCAGACGUGACGACCUGGAGUCCCUCGGCUACGUCCUCAUGUACUUCAACCUGGGCUCCCUCCCCUGGCAGGGCCUUAAGGCCGCUACCAAGAGACAGAAGUAUGAACGAAUCAGUGAGAAGAAAAUGUCCACACCCAUCGAGGUUCUGUGCAAAGGAUACCCUUCUGAGUUCUCCACAUACCUGAAUUUCUGCCGUUCACUUCGUUUUGACGACAAGCCAGACUACUCUUACCUACGACAGCUCUUCAGGAAUCUGUUCCACCGCCAGGGUUUCUCCUAUGAUUAUGUCUUCGACUGGAACAUGCUCAAAUUUGGUGCCAGCCGAACAGCUGAGGAUGGGGAUCGGGAGAGGAGGACGGGGGAUGAGAGGGAUGAGCGGAUCGGAGGAGCCCCCAGGGGGUCUGCAUCGCGGGGCCUCCCCCCAGGUCCCAACCCAGCAGCUGCCAACAGAGUCAGGAACGGGCCAGAGCAGGCCAUCUCUAACCCUGCCUCACGGGUCCAGCAGUCCGGGAACACGUCGCCUCGUGCAAUUUCUCGUGCAGAGAGGGAGAGGAAGGUGAGCAUGCGGCUUCACCGCGGAGCUCCUGCCAAUGUAUCGUCCUCUGACCUCACAGCCCGUCAUGACCAAUCCAGAAUUUCCACAUCACAGGUCAGCGUGCCGUUCGAGCACAUGGGGAAGUAGAAGUCUUUGGCUCUGCAUGCACAUGACUCUGACAGGGCUGCAAGGUUUAUUCAUCGCUCCGAUUUAUUUUCCUUUAUUUUUACCUUGUCUUAUGAAAAGAUGAUUGCCAAUGGACACAUGGAUCUUUGGAAAAGGACAAUAAACUUUUUAAAGGAUCCAGGGGAAGAACAUGACAGUAUCCAACAUGCACUCUUUCAUGAACCCUUUGUUUUUUUUGUUUUUGCUGAACCGUGGACCACCACAAAUACAAAAAGCAAACGAAUGACGGUCCUACACCAUUUUCACUCCGUGGUUGCUCAAACCUGCUCCACUCCUCAGAACAUUUCCCUCAGUACCUUCUGUCUGACAAAUGUGAAGAACUGAUGGCUUCACAGAAGCAAAAAGGUAUCAGGGACACGCGCAUGUUUCUCAUCAGAGGUCAACUUAGUGACUGAUAUAGGCUUAGUAAAGAUUUAUCUUCUUUGAGUUCAACACCGCAAACACAACUCUUCAGUGUCAUCUUUUGUCUUUCAUGAGGAUAUCUUAAAUUGGAGCUUGUCAUGAGUUUCCUUUCUUUUGCUUUUUUUGAGAGUAAUAACAGCUAAAAGACGAUGAGAUGAGGAGAGGUAGGUGAGAGGGUAGUGGACACAUAGAAAGGUAACUUUAAAAAGGACAAGUAAGUGAUGUUUUAGCUGUUGUAGAGUAAAUGUUUUUUCCUGGUGAAGUAGCAAUUGGUGCUUGCUUGCCCUCCAUCCAUGUCGUGAUGAUUUACUGUCCCUCAAAACUCAGCCACCAAAACCUCCACACCAACCCCUUAUUUUGCCUGUUUUCAACCUGCGUGUUUUUUGUUUUUUUUUUUGGUUUUAAUGUGAGCGGGUAAGGUGAGGAACGACCAUAGAUAUUGCAAAGACACACUCCAAGUCUUGAGGGAAGCUCCUCAGGAAAAACUAUUUGACCAGAGACCAUCGCUGCCCAUUUUGGCUAACAAAUAGUGGCUGCAAUUUUUAUGAUACUUCUAAAUGUUACCUUUCUUUUUAAAAUUCAUUUUGUUAUUGGAGGUCAUAUGGGAGUGGGCAGGCUCUGUUAGGGAUGACUUUUAUGGGGAUGGGACAUCCAAUGAUUUUUUUUUUUUAAUGUUUACUUCACUGUAAAUAUUUUUUUAUUUCGAUGUAAAGCCAAAAUGUGGUUAUUUGUUUUAAGGCGUAAAGUAGAAAAAUGCAUACUAAUGACAUAAAUUGGGGCUGGGUUCAGAAUUUUAGUAUUUAAAGUACUAAAUUGUGGGAUGGGCUGCUGUUACUUUGCCAGCUGGGUCAUUCAACAUUUUGUGUGUGUGUUUGUGUGUGUGUGUGUGUGUGUGUGUGUGUGUGUAUGAGAGGGAAAGUGUGAUACAGUGAAUCCCUGCUAAGAAUACAAUAUUCAUUUUGUCUUUGUAUGCAGUUUGUUUUUAAUCUCCUUUCUCUGCUAUUUAUGUUAAACUAUUUUUAUGUCUGAAAUAAUUAGUGUCCUUGUUCUCCUACAUGUGUUUCAUUUCAUCCUCCUGUAACUUAUUAGAAGUAGCUUGUUUGUUCAGGUUUUUCGUUGCCUGUCUCUUCUGUUCUUUACAUGCUUCAAAGGUUGUCCACCUCACAUGAUACAUAGGGCUUUUUAAUAUUCCUUCUGCAAAAACGAUAUGCGAAUAGUUUGAUGUCACCUUUUUGGAUUUUAACCUCCAGCAACCUUGAUGAUGUCAUUCAAAAAGAAAACAUAACUGAUGCAAUUGCAGGGAUGUGUAAAUAGCAGUGUACUGUGUGUGUAAUUACCUUUGUACAGGCCACAGCGACCCAGUGGCAUCGUAACUGUCGGGUUGGGAGUGGCGUAGAAGAGGUUGAGGUGAUGGGGAUUUCACUUUAUGUAUUGUGUACUGAUAUCUUGUACAGUUCUUUAACACACUUUAUUUACAACAGUAUUUGUGUAUAUUUUAUGAAGUAAUAAAAAUGAAUAAUGUUGCUCACAA